CUUAAACUUGUCGACAAGGACGCUUCUGUCACAUUCUCGAGUGCCUUCCUACUGGGGGAAAUGGGAAUUAACAGAGCACAUGGUGCAUCUGCCUUGGAUUAACAGACAAAUAUUACAGAGGGAACAAUGUAAUACUUAUUCAAGGAAACAUCUGUAAAUGCUUCAAUUGUUCUUAAAUGUUAUGGAUAAAUUCAGGUUAGCACUGAACAUUCAAAUAUGAAGGAAUAUGUAAAAGAUUAGAAGAAACACAACUAGUGCUUUCAAUAAAAGGAUUGGUUGAAAGAUUGUCUAGAUUACCAAACAUGUCAAAGUCCAACACCAAAGUGAGAAAACUAGGUGCUAUCAGACAGUUGCUAAAGACUCCAGUAAAGGAUGAGAUCCCCAAAUUAUCCUCAUUCCAUGCCGCAUCCUCAUCAGGGGAUGGAAAGGGUGGUAUGGUGGGGAUUACAGGAAGUGCCUUGGCUGUGCCACCACAGAAGGAGAAAAAUGCAGCAAGGGAGAAAGAAACAAAACCUUCAAGUGUCAGUAUCAAAUCUGAUUCUGGAAAAUCUGAUUCAGCUUCAAGUACCAAAUCACAGGAGCUCUCGGAUAAAAAGGAAAUUCAAGAUUUAAAGGCAAGAGAGCGGGACCUUCUGAAGCAAAUCAGCUCUCUACAGAAACUAGUGGACGACUUACAGGAACAAAUACGCAACAAAGAAGUGGAGGUGGUCAGUUUACAGGAUCAGAUCCUGAGACAGGAGGAGUCCCACAAAGCAGCACUAUUGGAGGAGAGGACGUCACAUGAUGCCACACGCUCAGAGAGAGAUCACCUACUGAAGGAACUCGAAAAACUCAAAGCAGAGGUCAAGGCCAUCCGUGAGGAAAAUGUAAAAAAGAUGGAGGAAUUGAAGAAAGAGUUGGAAGAAAAACACUCAUUAGAAAUUGCUGAGAAAGAUAAAGAAAUAAAAAUACGAGAUGAAAAGCUAAAUCGGUUAAAAAUGCAAAUGGCAGAUGCAUUAAAAGGCAACUCAUGGGAACGGCAACAACAGUUGGAGGAGCUGACGAAAGAGCUUGGUCGUCUUCAGGAGGAAGCUGAUGGCCUGAGGAUGAAACUCAAGUCAUUCAAAACUUUGAAGAAUAACACGGCUGGCGGGUGUGGAAAUUGUCAGGAAUCGCUCGGCAAGGUCGAAAAGUUUCAGCUGGCAGUGAAGGAACGUGACGCAACUAUCAAAGAUCUCAAAGCUUUAGUGACAAAAUCUGAAAAACAACUGACGCAGCAGGAUGAACUAUUGAAAUCAUGGGCAGAUUCCAAAGGUCACAAAAUACCAGGAUAUCCUGGCAAAUAGGAGUUAAAGUAGUGCUAUGCCUUUAUUUAUGUUUUGAGGCACAGCCUUUGUGAUAUUUUACUUCUCGGCCUAAAUUCACCGCCUAAAUCCAGUAAUUUUUAUGUUAUUUGAAAUAACACUGAUUACUUUUACAGUUCUAAUUGAGGUUUACAUGUGUUAAUUUAUUAAAACGGUAUGAAAAAAUUGUAAUGCUUUUACAGUCAAACUUUGAUAAUCCAGCAGUCAUUAAUCUGAUGUCCCACUGUCUAGCCUCAGUAAUACUCCCUGCAUUAAUCUGGUUGUCCGUCUACCCAGACUUGUUAUUCAAGCCAACACUUAUCUGGUUGUCCCACUGUUUAGCCUCGUUAAUCCAGCCACCAUUAUUCUGGUUGUCCGUCUAUCCAGACUUGUUAUUCCAGCCAACACUUAUUUGGUUGUCCCACUGUUUAGCCUCGUUAAUCCAGCCACCAUUAGUCUGGUUGUCUGUCUAUCCAGACUUGUUAUUCCAGCCAACACUUAUCUGGUUGUCCAACUGUACAUGUUUAGCCUCGUUAAUCCAGCCACCAUUAGUCUGGUUGUCCGUCUAUCCAGACUUGUUAUUCCAGCCAACACUUAUCUGGUUGUCCUACUGUUUAGCCUCGUUAAUCCAGCCACCAUUAGUCUGGUUGUCUGUCUAUCCAGCCUUUUUAUUCCAGCCAACACUUAUCUGGUUGUCCUACUGUUUAGCCUCGUUAAUCCAGCCACCAUUAGUCUGGUUGUCCCUCUAUCCAGACUUGUUAUUCCAGCCAACACUUUUCUGGUUGUCCCACUGUUUAGCCUUGUUAAUCCAGCCACCAUUAGUCUGGUUGUCUGUCUAUCCAGACUUGUUAUUCCAGCCAACACUUCUCUGGUUGUCCAACUGUACAUGUUUAGCCUCCUUAAUCCAGUUACCAUUAGUCUGGUUGUCCGUCUAUCCAGACUUGUUAUUCCAGCCAACACUUCUCUGGUUGUCCCACUGUACAUGUUUAGCCUCGUUAAUCCAGCCACCAUUAGUCUGGUUGUCUGUCUAACCGGACUUGUUAUUCCAGCCAACACUUCUCUGGUUGUCCUACUGUUUAGCCUCGUUAAUCCAGCCACCAUUAAUCUGGUUGUCCGUCUAUCCAGACUUGUUAUUCCAGCCAACACUUAUCUGGUU